AUGGCGCGGGGCCCAGGGGAGCAAGUAUGUGAUUGGGGGGCGGCUCGGGGUUCCGCAGCCCCGGCCGCGCCCAGGCCCGGCUCCCCUGGGCCCCGCGCUCCCUCCCCGGUGCCGUCCCCUCCCCUCCCGGGCGGUGGUCGCCCGUCCUCCGCGCGCUGCGCCGUCGAGGGAGGGGCCAACAGCGCUCCGCCUCUCGGCGGCACCACAGAGACGCGGGCGCCGGCCGGCCAGAGUGGCCCAGUCCGCCGGGCUCCCGCGGGCGCCGGCCUGAGGGGUCCUGGGCGCUCACCGGUUGAGCUGAUUGGUCCCGAGUUCUGCACGCGCCCAGAACCGGACGGAAGAUUGGAAAACGUCCGGUCGGCUUCUAGGCUUGGCGGGCGUUGA